AUGAACCUGGCGAAAGGCGCGCUCGGCGGCGGCGUUCUGGCGGGCCACGUGGCUUACAUGACGGGCGGACUGUAUCCUUCUAUGUGUCUCAACGUGAUCUAUGGAUUCUUUAUGUGCUACAGUUUUUACACUUUAGCAAUGUGCGGCCAAAGGUUGUGCCGUCGAUGCCAUGUAGCUUCAAUGACAUACCCUGACAUUGCAGAAGCUUCUUGCGCUCUAUUCCCCAACCCCAAGAUCGCAAGAUGUUCUUUUUGCUUCAGACUCUACGUCGACCUCAUAACAUGUUUGGACCUGUUUGGAGCCUGUGCAGCGUAUCAGCUGAUGGUGGCUAAAACUAUCAAGCAGUUGGUAGAGGGCCUCCCAAGAAGCUCUAUCGAGGGUCAAAAUGCGUUGUGUUUAGCCACAGCCGUCCACUACGCAAUAAAGAACAACCCCGGGUUCACGGGUAUGGUCCCCGCGCAUAACUUCGAAGCCGUGAUCAAGUACACGGGGAUGGCCGUAUUCAGCAUGUCGACCGCGGGCGUGGCCAUACCUGUCGAGAACAACAUGAAGGACCCCAAGAAGUUCCCGUUCGUCAUGUUUCUCGUCGUUCCACCGCCAUAG